UGAGGUGCAAACCACCCGGCUUGCAUUUCUUGGGGAAACUCUUCUAUCUCUCUCAGGAUCCCUUUUGGUAGACACUCGUGAGGUUUACCUGUAAAAUAGGAUGCCCGGAGCCAGCGGUGUCAACGUGGAGGGGUCCUGUGAGGCCCUGUGUCGAACCCUGGUGUCUCAGAACGGCCUCCAGAGAGAGACGGCUGACAUCUCCCAGUCUGUCCUCUACACCUCACUGAUGGGUCUGCUUCUGGUCGCUGACAAUGAGAAAGAGCAGCUCACCUUAGGAAGUGGAAGGGUUGGCCUUAGAAACAUAGGAAACACAUGUUUCCUGAAUGCAGUAGUCCAGUGUUUGUCUCACACGCGUGGCCUACGGAACUACUGCCUCCUCAAGUCCUACAGGCAUGAGAAGUUCUCCAAAGAGGAGGCUAAGCUCAUGGAAGCUUUCUCUCAGGUGCUGUCAGGCCUUUGGGAUGUAAAUGAAGGAGAUACAAUUGUAAAUCCACGACAGUUUUACAGUAUUUUUAAAGAAGCGGUGCCUUAUUUUAGUGGUUACAGUCAACAGGAUGCUCAGGAGUUUCUCAGGUUCCUGUUGGACAAACUGCACACAGAAAUCAACCGCAAACCCUACAUCCGACGAACAGGGAAGGAGCCCGAACAAAAAUAUGCCAUAUUUAGACUUUCCGAAGAGUCAGCUGCCAUGUGGAAGAAGCACUCAGAGAGAGAUGACAGCAGAAUAGUAGACCUGUUCUCAGGCCAGCUGCGGAGCUCGCUGCAUUGCUCUGUGUGCUCCCACUACUCCAACACAUUCGAUGUGUUCUGUGAUCUGUCGCUGCCCAUCCCCAAGAGAAGCUUUGCAGGGGAGGUCACGCUGAGGGAGUGCCUGGACCUCUUCUCUCAGGAGGAGAAACUGGACAAGGAAAAUUCGCCAAUGUGUGAGAGGUGCAACAGGCAUACAGAGUGCACCAAGCGGCUGUCCAUCCAGAGGUUUCCCCAGGUUAUUGUGAUCCAUCUGAAUCGUUUUACGACAUCACGGUGGUCUAUCAGUAAAAGCACAGUAUAUGUGUCCUUCCCACUCACUAACCUGGACCUCGGACCCUACGGACCUGUGGACUGCGGCCCAAUUCUGUAUGAUUUAUACGCGAUAUGUAACCAUGCUGGGACGGUGAACAUGGGCCACUACACAGCCUGCUGUUCAGAUGAAAAUGGUUGGUGCUUCUACAAUGACUCCAGUGUGACUCCAGUCUCAGAGAACCAGCUUCAGACCAAUCAAGCCUAUGUGCUCUUCUACCAACGCAGCAACAGCACCGCCACCGUCAGGAAAUAGACCUGAGACUGGCUGAGUCAGGCA